AUACUAUCGAUAGUGACAUUAGCUAUUUAUCUUUAUCUUUUAUUAUUACCUUCGAGUGCUACAAGUAAAUUUUGUAAUUUAAUGCAAUAGUCGGAAUACGGUCCUAGUUUGCCAACCAUAACGCGAUAAUGCCCGCGGUCGAGGAGACACAAAUCACAAAAUAUCUCUCAAAGUACAAAUAUGUGGGAGCCACGAAGAAGGACGUUAUGGAUGUGGUCACGACGUACCGCAGCUUGACCUACGACCUACAGAAGUUCAUUUUCAACGAUGGCACCAGCAAGGAUUUGUUCACCCUGCAGGGCACUAUUCCCGUGGUCUACAAAAAUAACACCUACUACAUUCCCAUCUGUAUAUGGCUGAUGGACACGCAUCCCCAGAAUGCACCCAUGUGCUUCGUCAGGCCCACGGCCACCAUGCAGAUAAAGGUGUCCAUGUACGUGGAUCACAAUGGCAAGGUCUACCUGCCGUACCUGCACGACUGGCAGCCGCACUCCUCCGACCUGCUGUCGCUAAUCCAGGUGAUGAUCGUCACCUUCGGCGAUCAUCCGCCGGUCUACUCAAAGCCUAAGGAACAAAUUACAUCGCCAUAUCCGCCGAACUCUUUCAUGCCUCAGCCGGGAGGACCGAGCGGCAGCAGCUCGGCUCUGCCAUAUCCCACAGCCGGCGGCAACUUUCCGCCGUAUCCCACUGGCUCCGGUUAUGGACCCUAUCCGCCUGGAGGCGGCGCAGGUUUCCCUGGACCAGCGGCCGGACCCUAUCCGCCCUAUAUGAAUUUCCCGCAGCCACCCGGUGGUAGUGGUGGCUACCCACCAGCAGGGGGCUAUAACCCCUCAUCCAAUGCCAGCUCCACGGGCACCAUUACCGAGGAGCACAUCAAAGCAUCACUAAUCAGUGCCGUAGAGGAUAAACUACGCCGUCGCAUCCAGGAGAAGGUUAAUCAGUAUCAGGCCGAAAUCGAAACGCUGAAUCGCACCAAACAGGAGCUUGUGGAGGGCAGCGCCAAGAUUGAUGCCAUCAUUUCGCGACUCGAGCGCGAACAUGUAGACUUACAGAAGAACAUCAGUGUGCUGAAGGACAAGGAGCAGGAGCUGGAGAAGAGCCUGGAGGCGCUGGAGAGCGCCGAGGCCAUAGAUCCGGACGAGGCAGUGACCACCACAGCGCCGCUAUACCGACAAUUACUUAAUGCUUAUGCCGACGAAGCUGCCACCGAGGAUGCCAUCUACUACCUGGGCGAGGGCUUGCGCGGCGGUGUCAUCGACCUGGAGACCUUCCUCAAGCACGUUCGCCAGCUGUCCCGCAAGCAGUUCAUCCUGCGGGCCACCAUGCAGAAGUGCAGACAGAAGGCCGGUCUGGCCGGGUAAAGAUGGCAGCGGGGGAAGUGUGUGCACGUUUAGACGAUUUAUAUGUUAGCGUUAAUAUAUAUAUUCGACAUUGUUUUAAGCGCAAAAUUGAAUCUUUGAAAUUGAAAUUACAAUAAACGUAAAUAAAAAGAA